GUAUGCCUGCGUGUGGAAGUGAUAAGCUUUUGGUUAAGAAGGCGCGGCAUGGGGAUGCGCGGUUGGGAGCAGGAGUGUGAGUGGGUGUUGCGAUGGGUGUAUAUGUGUGUGUGUGGAUUUUUUGCAAGGGCGAUGACGGAGUGCAGGAAGGGGUUUGGGUCGUAG